AGGUUGUAGUUUGAGUUUAAAUUAAAAGUUGAAACAUCUUUGAAACGAAGUGAAAAGUUUUUUGGAAGAAAUUCGGCCGUUUUACAAAGUUUCGUUGAUGCAAUAUGAACCAGAGGAUCUCAAGAAUUCAAUUCAUUGUUUUUCGUUGGUUCCUCUUCGUGUUUUACGUCGAUUUCGGGGAAAGCAGGGUCGGGUAUUCGUCGUCUGCUAAAACUGUGUUCUAGUUAAUUGGAUCAAUGGGUCGGCUUGGCGAACAAGUCGUUCGGUCUCCAACGAGUGACAACCGGCACGUGGCACAAGAAACAUGUAAUGGGUCAGACGGUGAAUCUUAUGUUUGCAACGUCGGACAUUGUUGUGAAGAUGACAACUGUUGUACUUACUAUUAUGAACUAUGGUGGUUUUGGUUGAUCUGGGGCUUAAUUAUCCUGAUGAGUUGUUGUUGUGCAUACCAUCAUCGACAAAAACGUCGUUUGUUACGAUCCCAACGCAGAAGAACGAACGAAAAUGGCGGCGAGAAUUACGCGGGUGUUUGCAACUACCCUGGCCCUCCGUUAGACAAUAACGUACUAGGAUACGCGAAACUCCCGUUGUACGACGAUGUGAUACGGAUUCCCCCAUCAGGUUCCCCCCCACCCCCAUAUUCAUCGCGAAGAAUGAUCAAUACAAUUGCUUGCAUACAAACUAAUGAGAACGGUGAAACAGCGAUGACAAUUGUUCCAUGUAAUAUAACGAGGUCCAUGUUGUCGCUUUCAUCACUGUCACAAUAUAUUCCCGAUCGUUUGAUGCAAGUAUCACAUCAUAGACAGGUCCCAACAAUAGCCCGCAACAACCGUGACAGCGAUUCCUUCACAUCGGACUCGUUAUCCUCGCUCUGCCAACCCGUGCCCAUUAUCUCAUCCCGACCUCUGAACCUUGACCUUAAAUCCCAGGAGUCAAAGGUCAUGGGUUCAAGGGUGAAAGACCAAGGGUCAAAAGUUACUGUUACAAUGUCAAAGGUCACAGACCAAGGUUCAAAGGUCAUGGACCAAGGGUCGAAGGUCACGGACCAAAGAUCAAAAGUCACGGACCAAGGGUCAAAGGUCAUGGACCAAGGGUCAAAGGUCACCGAAUCCAUAUCUCAGGAUAGCAAGGCCAUGGGGUCAGGGGUGAUAGAUGAAAAGGUCACAAACCCUAGUUGUUCCUACCACAAAGUAGUUGUUGAACCCUAUAUGACCUCCGACAGUGAGGAUGACGUUUGGAUGGAAGGUCAUGACCCCAACAACAAUAACUACAAGUGGGGUGAAUCCCCAGACCUAGGAAUUCCCCACGAACAUUAGUUUUUUAUAUUUGCCUCAUUGCCUUUCAUGGAAGUUCCAAGUUGUGUGAUGUCAUAGUUACCUAUUAUUUAUAGAGGUGCUUCUGUCUAUGACAUCAUAAUAUGCUGCCACACAAUGGGAAGUAUGACGUCAUAACAACCAGACAAUUAUGUUUAUGAUGUCAUCAGUAUUGUUGAUUGUAAUAAAGUUCAAUAUGACAUCACAAA